CUGACCCCGCCAUGGACGGGGAGGGGGAGGGGGAGGGCGCGUCCGCCGCGCCGGGAGCCGCCGCCCUGGUGUACCUCCCGGACGGGUCGGCGCUGCCGCUGCCCCUCGAGCCCCCCCCGGGCCCCACGGCCGCGGAGCUGCUGCGCCGCUUGCAGGGGGCUCUGCGGCUCCCCCCGAGCGCGGGGGAGGCCCUGGCGCUGUGGUUGGGGUCGGACCUGCUCGAGGUGCAGCUGAAGCCGCGGCACCGCCCCCUGCGCCUGGUCCGGCACUGGCCGGAGCUGCUGCUGCGCUUCAGCCUCGGCUCCCCCGCGGCCAUCGCGCAGGACGAGCCAUGUUUGCAGCUGCGCAGGAACGUUUUCUUCCCCAAGAGCCGCGAGCUGGAGCUGCAGGAGGAGGAGCUGCUGCGGCUGCUCUACGAGGAGGCCCGGGAGCAGCUGCAGGGGGGUCGUUACCCCGUGGACCCCCCCGAGGCAGCCGAGCUGGGGGGGCUGAGCUGCCGCCUCCGCCUGGGACCCUUGAGCUGCCGCCUCCGCCUGGGACCCUUCGAGCCCGAGCAGCACACGGAGCUCAGCCUGCGGCCGCUGCUGACGGAGCUGCUGCCGCCGGGUCCUCCGGCCCGCUGGGGGGCGCUGUUCCGGCGCUCGCGCUCCCCGGGCCCCGCCCAGCGGCUCCUCGACGCCUUCGCGCGCGCGCCGGGCCCGGAGGCGCCCCCUGCUGGGCUGUACCGGGACUUCCUGCGGCGCUGCCACGCCCUGCCCGGAUACGGGUGUGCCUUCUUCCCCGGGGCCAUCGAACGCCCCUCGGGGGGGCUGCUGGGCCGGGGGGGGCUGCGCCCCGUCAGCGUGGCCGUGGGGCUCGAGGGGGUCACCAUCAUCGACCCCCGCCAGAAGCACGUGCUGCUGGCCCUGACGUACCCCGAGCUGUGCUGGGAGCUGGUGGGGGCCGUGGGGCAGGACGGGGACCCCCCCCCGGGGCAGGACGGGGACCCCGCGGAGCCCCCCCAGCUCUGGCUCGAGUUCGACGGGGACCACGAGGGAGCCCCCGUGAACCGCCUGCUGAGGGUCUUCUCCCCACAGGCGGAGCUCAUGAGCGCCCUCAUCGAGUGCUGCAUCGAGCUGGGCGGGGCCGCGCCCGCCGCCGCCGAGGCCCCGCCCUCCGAAGGACAGGCCCCGCCCUCCGAGGGACAGGCCCCGCCCCCGGCCCAGCCCGGCGCUCGAGGCGCCCCCUUGCGGCGGCAGGAGAGCGUGACCAGGCCCCGCCUCCAGCGCCUCGCGACCAUCGACUACGUGCAGGACGGGCAGGAGCUGCGGCGGGUGAAGCCCCCCCGGCGCUCGGGGUCCUUCUUCAGCCGGGUGGGGGGCAGCUCCUACAGCCCCGUGGUGGGGGGGGCCCGGGGGGCAGAGGGGGCUGGGCCCGAGCAGGGCUGAGCCCCCCCAGGGCCCCCAAAACCCCUCCCAGCACAGACUGGGAGUCCCCUGAGCCCCCCCCCUUUGUACCCACCCCCCACAAUAAACUGCACCAACACCCCCCCCAGCCACGGUUUGGGGGCAAUUCAGGGCA